AUGCUCGUGGAAUAUUUACAACUUUUGAUUUUAAUAAUACUGUUAAUGACAGUUGCGCGCACGAUCAUGUGUAUCAAUAAAACAUUCUACAUGCUCGUAGUGGUUGCGGUGAUAUGUGCUACUAAUUGCGAAGAAGUAAGUAACUAUGUUAUCAAAGAAGAAACUGUACAGCCUACACUGUAUAAUUCAACGGCAGUGGACGACAAAAAUUUUUGGGAAUGGCUGUAUGGUUUCGUAUCUACUGCUAAUCCCAUAAUAACAACUGAACUUCCGAGACCAGUGCAGCCUCUGUCGUGUUUACCUUGCAAAUGCGGUUUGACGAAUACACAGAAACGUAUAGUAGGCGGUAUCGAAACUCAAGUUAAUCAAUACCCAUGGAUGGCAUUAAUGAUGUUUAGAGGACGAUUCUAUUGCGGUGGAUCUGUUAUAAGCUCUCGUUAUGUACUGACUGCUGCGCAUUGUGUCGACAGGUUCGAUCCAAAUCUCAUAUCUGUGAGGAUAUUGGAACACGAUCGCAAUUCUACUACAGAAACAGAGACCGAAGUGUUUCAAGUCGAGACAGUGAUCAAGCAUAGCGGCUAUUCAACGUAUAACUACAACAAUGACAUCGCGCUCGUCAAAUUGAAGGACGGUAUUCGAUUCGAGGGAAAGAUGAGGCCUGUUUGCCUUCCAGAACGAGCGAAAACUUUCUCUGGUAUAAACGGCACGGUAACCGGUUGGGGCGCGAUAGAGGAAUCUGGCGUGAUCUCGCAAACUUUGCAGGAAUAUCCAGCGCGAAGAAUUACGGACAACAUGCUUUGCGCCGGUUACAAAGAGGGAAGCAAGGAUUCCUGUCAGGGAGACAGUGGUGGCCCUCUACAUAUCGUUAACGAGCAGACAUACGACAUAGUUGGAAUCGUGUCCUGGGGCGAAGGAUGCGCGAAGCCUGGUUAUCCUGGCGUUUACAGCAGGGUGAAUCGUUACCUGACGUGGAUAAAACGCAACACCGAGGACUCGUGUUACUGUUAA